AUGGCGAACUUCAAGGGCCAUGCGCUCCCUGGGAGCUUCUUCUUGAUAGUUGGACUGUGGUGGUCGGUGAAACACCCACUGAAGUACUUUUAUCAAAAGGAGAAGAGCAACCAACUGACCCAUCACUACCAGCGUCUCGAGAUCAUCGAAGCUGCAAUCAGAACUUUGUUUUCAGUCAUCGGGAUACUGGCAGAGCAGUUUGUUCCUGACGGGCCCCACCUCCACCUGUACCACGAGGACCACUGGGUAAAACUCAUGAACUGGCAGCACAGCACCAUGUAUCUGUUCUUCGCAGUCUCGGGCAUCGUGGACAUGCUGACCUACCUCAUCACCCACGUCCCCCUGGGGCUGGACAGACUGGUUAUGGCUCUGGCUGCCUUCAAUGAAGGCUUCCUCUUCUACUACCAUGUGCACAACCGGCCGCCGCUGGACCAGCACAUCCACUCCCUGCUGCUGUGUGCUGUAUUCGGAGGCGCCCUCGGCCUCGCCGUGGAGGUAGUCCUUCGGGACAACAUCGUGCUGGAACUCUUCCGCACCAGCCUCCUCCUCCUUCAGGGCACCUGGUUCUGGCAGAUUGGGUUCGUGCUGUUCCCGCCUUUUGGAGGCCCUGAAUGGGACCAGAACAAUCAUGACAACAUCAUGUUCGUCACCAUGUGCUUCUGCUGGCACUACCUGGCCGCACUCUGCAUUGUGGCUGCCAGCUACUCGCUAGUUUACUGCUUCCUGACGCAGGUGAAGAGGCGGGAAGACAGGGAAGUCAUCGGGAUUCAGAAGCUGAGGUCGGAUCACACAUACCGGAAGGCCCUCCUGAGUGGCUCAGACGAGGAGUAG